GUGCAGGCAAGAUAAAUUGACAGAGGAAGCGCCUAGUGACCUGCUGGACCUCGGAGUGUUUUAACUUUCUUGGUUUGUGCUCUUUUUCUCGGAUUAACGCAGAAGAAAGGAAAACAGCAGGUCUGUUUUUUGAAAGGUGGCACCAUGGUGACAGAGGGGGAGCCAACCGAUCUUGUCAAAGUGUUGCACCUCCUGGUUCUCGCUUUCUCCUGGGGCAUGCAGCUCUGGGUUACCUUCAUUGCAGGUUUUAUGCUGGUUCGGCAGGUAACCCGGCACACCUUCGGCCUGGUGCAGAGUAAGCUCUUUCCAGUAUACUUCUAUUGCCUGCUGGGAAGUAACUUUGUCAGCCUGGCUGUGUAUGCUGUGUACCACCCAAGAGAGUUGCUGGACUGGCAUGAAAGUGUGCAGAUGCUUCUGUUCUUCGUGGCACUGAUCACGGCAGGUCUGAACGCUCAGUGGUUUGGCCCGGAGACUACUGAGCUGAUGUUCCAGAUGAGGGAGGUGGAGAAGGAGCACGGCCUUGGUGAAGAGAUCGGCCUGGGCAGUCAGAAAGAGGCUUAUGCCAAACUCAAAGAGCAGGACCCAAAGUACAAAGCCUACAGGAGCAAGUUUGGCAGUUACCAUGGGUUGUCCAGUCUCUGCAACCUGAUAGGGUUCCUCUGUACCACAACUAAUUUGAUCUACACAGCUCUGAAUUUAUCCACCAUUUAAAUACAAUGUUUUGUGUUUUGGUUUAUGAAAUAACCAAAAAGUCCUGCACACUCUUGUGUGCUUAUCUAGCAGUGUUUCUGGUUGUGAGUGUGAGGACCAGAACAUUGAAAAGUGAGUACAUAUUGUGAGCAGUAUGCAGGAUUUGUUGGUCCUUUUUAUGGUCACUUUAUGAUAUAAUGCACCCACUCAUGUCUCCACAAGUGGAAGAAUUUUAGUAAAAGAAAAUCAUCUCACCAUCUAUUUCUGUAUCAUGUCAGUAUUGUAAAUGAAUAAUGUGACAUUAUGCAAAUUUAAUUACACAUAAUUUUUGCAUCACUUCGUCUGCCCAAAGUGUCCUUAUGUGGAAAAACUGUUUCCGGUGAGUAUCCAGAACUCACCAUGUGCUGUUCACUGCUCCUCUGGCUGUCAGUUAAGUGAUUUUGAUCUAGUCAGUCACAAAAUACAAUAAUUUUUUAUUAUUUUUUUUUAAACAAUUUUAUAUAUAUUUCUUUCAGUGUAGCUGAUUAUUUCUCAUGAUCAGGAAAAAACAAAUCAAUUCCCCAAAUUUCAGGAAGCAAUGUACAUCUAUGCCCAGCAGGGGGUGAUAUUUAGACCUUUCAGCUCCAUUGCUGCACACAGCAUAUAAACGCUGCAUAUCACGUGUAGCUUGCCUUUCUUGAUAUUGUAAUGCAUUUUAAAUUUGUCACCACUGUUCAACGAACACUAUGACUGGAUGAUUAAAGUGUUUUGAUUUUUUUCCAUUUGA